GGGGUACAAUUAAUUUUGAGGGCAUCAUUACUCUUUUGGGAUAUCCCCAGGAUCUAGCCUGCAAGGCAUCACGAACAAUCCCAAUUACACGUCAAAGGAGGCUUUUUCGGAAAUUUCUGUUGAUCGAGCAUAUAAUGCCCAGAUUUCUCCAUGGCCCCUUACUUCCAUCAGGAAACAAGGCUUGCGCUCAACCAUACCCUUUCCCACUCUGCUUCCUCUUUCCCCGCUAACCCUGGGCCGCUAUUAUCAUACUUGUUAUAAUUCCAACCUACCAUCAGUCAACAUGCACUUCUACCGUCUCCUUGUCUUAGCCGCUGGGUUCCUUACAACGGCCACGGCCGCACCAACUGAGCUGAUCAAACGCGAUGCCACAAGUGUCGUUAGUGCAGUAGGAGACAUCGCCAACCAAAUGUCGACAUUAAAUUCCACAGUCAGCAGCUACCGAGGCGGCUUCCUCGGAACCGGAACGGCCCUUAAGAUCGAAUUCCAGUCCGUCCAACUUAGUCACGCCCUUAAAGAUGCCAUCUCAGAAACCGAGGACUCCGCCAAAUUCACCGGCGAUGAGUCGAAUAAGGUGGCGGCAGCCUUCAUCGACCUGCAACCUAAGAUCUCCUCGACUCUAGACAAUAUAGUCUCCCACAAACCACAAUUCGAUACCGGCCUUCUCGGCCUGGGGUCUGUUUCAUUCUUGGUUAAGUGGAACUUGCAGCAAGAGAAGGAUUUAGCUGCAGAGCUGGGGAAAGCUGUUGUUGAUAAGUUGGCGGAGCCGUAUGCUUCGGUCGCUCCGUUGCUUAACGAUCAGAUUGCGGCGGCGUUUGAAAAGGCACUUGCUGCCUUUGCUUAGGUGGUGUUUAGGAGGUAGGUGAGGUGGAGAAAGUAGUCUUUCUUGUGCCUAUAUUUAGGAGAAAGUGCGGUCUAGACACACCUGAUUGAUAAUAAGACAAGGCUCUCUCUAUACAGGCACUCGUUUAUAUAAUGAUGGAACUGGAUAUCAUUCUCGUCGAUCCGGCCCAGAGAAACAGUUGUAUCCACAGAUGAUCCAGACAACAGUAAAACUAUAGUGUUUUACCUUCGAAUCCAGAGAUAUUCCAUGCACCCAUGUGCCGGCAAGCGUACGUAUGUCCAUGUCAAAUAGUAUAUAACGACAGUCACAUUGGGGAGUCAAA